AUGGGCCGACAAGAACUCGAUCCCACUGACACCAUUCACGACGAGCAUGAUCCCACUAUCAUCCGCGAAGCAGAUCAUCGAAGAAACCAGACUGAAAACAUGACCCGGCGACAUCUUAUUCAUCCAUACGGGCUUCACUGUUGCGUCCAUGACCGGCUCUCAUCGGAAGAAGAUACCUCGCUGGUGCAGCGAGCGACCCCUAUUUCUGCGGAGUCGAGAACGACGAGCCCACGAUGUGAUGGCUGUGGGAGAACCAGUUCUCCGCGAUUGCGAGUUAUGCGCCGAGUUUCGAGCCGGCGCCGGUCCCCCGGGGGGCAGUUUACCCUGCAUCAGUGGUGUUUAGCUGCGGUGGGGAUGCCAAUUGGGGAGUAUUUUGAUUUGGAGAGGUUGGUGGAUUACUGGAGGGAGAAGGGGAGGCGGUCGUCUUUCUUGUCGAGUGCCUCUCAAAGUGGGUUGUCGUUGUUUGAGGAUUUGGAUAAAUGGGCUGAUAUUGGCGUGUAG